AUGGCUUCCUGCAGCAUUGGGUUGUUGGCACUUGUCUGCUUGCUUAGCUUGAGCAAUGCCCAUAGGGUCCUCAAAUUCGAGGACCCAAGUGGGCAUGGAAUGAAAAUGAGAAUGCAAAAACCCAUGGGCCAAGGAGUUGGCAUUGGCAUUGGGACUGGAAGUGGAACUGGGGAAGGUGUAGGCAUUGGGAGGGGUAUUGGUGAAAGCGGUGAUGGUGAAGGAUUUGGAGAGGGCUAUGGAAAAGGCAUUGGAGAAGGUAGAGAUGGGAAAGGAUUUGGAGAGGGUUACGGAAAAGGCAUUGGUGAAGGUGGUGAUAGAGAAGGAUUCGGAGAGGGCUAUGGCAAAGGCAUUGGAGAAAGCGGAGAUGGGAAAGGAUUUGGAGAGGGCUACGGAAAAGGCAUUGGUGAAGGCGGUGAUAGAGAAGGAUUCGGAGAGGGCUAUGGCAAAGGCAUUGGUGAAGGUGGAGAUGGGAAAGGAUUCGGAGUGGGCUCUGGAAAAGGUAUUGGUGAAGGAGAAGAUGGGAAAGGAUUUGGAGAGGGCUCCGGAAAAGGCAUUGGUGAAGGUGGUGAUAGAGAAGGAUAUGGCAAAGGCAUCGGUGAAGGUGGAGAUGAGAAAGGAUUUGGAGAAGGCUACGGAAAAGGCAUUGGUGAAGGCGGAAAUGGGAAAGGAUUUGGAGAAGGUUACGGAAAAGGCAUUGGUGAAGGCGGAGAUGGGAAAGGAUUCCAAGAGGGCUAUGGCAAAGGCAUUGGUGAAGGUGGAGAUGGGAAAGGAUUUGGAGAGGGCUAUGGAAAAGGUAUUGGUGAAGGCAGUGAUAGAGAAAGAUUAAGAGAGGGCUAUGGAAAAGGCAUUGGUGAAGGCAGUGAUGGUGAAGGGAUUGGAAUGGGCUAUGGUGUUGGCAGAGGCUCUGGCAAAGGUGUUGGGCAUGGAAAAGGCAUUGGUGAAGGUAGUGGAAGAGGCGCUGGCAGUGGUAUUUUUGGACGAGGUUCUGGAGAUAGUGGAUAUGGGGAGGGUCGAGGAGUUGGUAUUGGGACUGGGCAUGGUGAUAGCGGGUUUGAGGCCGGUUUUGGCGUCGGCAUACGGUCUGGUUACGGAAGCAAUUACGGUGGGGGCUUUUACGUUCCUCUCCCAGGUUACGGUUGUAGUUACCCAAGUAAGCCGGACCCCGAUCACUCAAUUGAUUGGUACCAAGUUUGCAAAGCAUGUAGUUACCCGGGUGCGCCGGGCUGUGGCUGCCCUGAUAGCUCACUUUAUUGGUACCAUAUCUGCAACAUUUAUGGUGUCCUCCACCGAGCAGGCCAGGGUGGACAAGGAGAACCCAUGCAACCAGAUUCAUCAACCAACACACCAAAUGCUGCAAAGCUACAUAACUAUAGAACCUUAUGA